UCAUUUUGUUGUUACUAAUGAAAACACGUAUUUGUCUUUAUUCUUAGAUUGAGAUAUAGGUCGUGGUUAGGUUAUGUGCCUGACACUUGCCUCUAUGCUAAGAAUAGGUUGCACAGAUUUUGGAGUUUGAUAUUGUAUGAAUGGCAUUUGGAGCCAUUGUGCUCCAAUUCUUAUUCCCUAUUUGGGAGUCGUUUUUUUUGUUAUUUUUUAUUGGGUUCAACUUAACUGCGUUUUUGGAAAAUGAUAGUCGGACAAUUUUAUAGGCAGAUGUCUCCAUAUUUGGAUUGUCAAAGAAUUGGAUUUAGACUGUCUUACAGCUGUAUAUAGUAGUGCUAUACUGUUGUGUAAGAAUAAUGAAUGUGCUUUGUGUAGUGGAUAUUUAAAGUAAACAAAGGAAUUGUUUUCACUGAAUGAAUUGGUCCCAUAGGGAUUAACUACUUCACAAUGGAUCAAGAAACGGUAUAUGGUACACACGAGGAUAGUCAUGUUGUUAUGUCUGAGAAAGUGCAAUCCCUGGCUGGCAGUAUUUAUCAAGAAUUUGAACGUAUGAUUGCACGAUAUGAUGAAGAUGUCGUUAAGGAACUGAUGCCGUUGCUAGUCAAUGUUUUGGAGUGUUUGGAUAUUGCUUAUACUGAAAAUCAGGAGCAUGAAGUCGAGUUGGAGUUAUUGAGAGAAGAUAAUGAACAGUUAAUGACACAAUAUGAAAGGGAGAAACAACUUAGGAAAACAUCGGACCAGAAAUUGUUGGAGUUGGAGGAUGUGGCAGAAGACGAGAGAAAAGAGCUAUUAUCGAAAAUUGAUAGUCUGGAAUCGAUUGUUCGAAUGUUGGAGCUCAAGACAAAAAACUCACACGAUCACGGUACAAAUGCCAAAGACAUCUCCAGUCCAUCCUCUCACACAGUCUUCCCUUACAUAAUCCGCCUCGAAGAAAAAGAGUCAGAACUGAAACGCGAGUAUUCCCGACUACACGACCGAUAUACAGAAUUAUUCAAAACGCAUGUAGACUAUAUGGAACGCACGAAAAUGCUAGUCGGCAGCACAGAAAGAUUAGAAAACACAACAGGUGGUCGAGGACCGUCUCGUUUACCAUCUCUUGGCCUAGCACACAUGUCGCGAAGUUCAGGUCCACUUAGCUACGGUUUUCAGAGUUUAGAAACCAGUAUGAAUGCGGAAGAUCCUCAAGAGGAUGGGCCUCUGACAAAUGUUGCCAAUUUGAGAACCGAAAUGCUGGAUACCAGCAGUGAAGCUGCCGUUGAAACCUCUGAUAAGAGCCAGUUGACUGACCAACCAAUGCAAGAAAACAAGACAACCGCCAUCUCGAGACAUGAAAGUCCAGAGACAGAAAUGCCACCUCCACUGAUAACACCAACAACACCGAACGCCGUUGAAAAAUUCGCUACGACGCCAAGUGGACGAAGCAGAACCGAGAAGGAACAAAGAAGUGGAAACACAUUAUAUCAGGAACUCAGCUUUCAGGAUGCCGACGCAUUGGGAGAGAUGGACGAGGGUGCCGACAUUACUGGAAGUUGGGUUCACCCUGGAGAGUACGCUUCUUCCGUGAAUGACAACUUUUUCGGUAUGGGUAAAGAGGUGGAGAAUCUCAUUAUGGAAAAUAAUGAGCUCCUAGCUACUAAAAACGCGUUGAACAUCGUUAAGGACGAUCUUAUCGUAAAAGUGGAUGAACUCACUGGAGAGCAAGAAAUACUUCGAGAGGAAGUACGUGGUCUUCAGCAAGCGAGAGAACGUUUCCGACAGAAGGUGACUGCUCUGGAAGAAGAGUUGAAGAAGGUCAAGGAAGAGGCUGAGGCGGCAGCAAAGGCUACAAAGAGUGACGACGAAGAGGACGUACCACUGGCUCAGAGAAAGAGGUUUACCAGGGUGGAAAUGGCGAGGGUGCUCAUGGAGAGGAAUCAGUACAAAGAGAGAUUAAUGGAACUCCAGGAGGCUGUGAGAUGGACCGAAAUGAUUCGAGCUUCUAAAACGGAUCCAGCCAGUAUAUCCGGCGGCAAACAAUCCGUCUGGAAGUUUUUUAGUAAUCUCUUCACAGGCCCAGCAGAUCGAGGGGGACUAGUACGUGGACCUCAUACUUUACCGCAAAUACGAUAUAGCGCCCCUACCAAUCAAGUUGCACCAGCGCCCCCUUUGGACACAAUGCGGAGACGAACGCUGAAGAGUCGUCAUGACUUUCUUGACCAAGGGGACACCAUGUCCUCUGAGAAACUAGUUGCCAGACGCGCCAAUGAGAGAAGAGAACAAUAUAGACAGGUGAGAGCACACGUGAGAAAGGAAGAUGGACGUUUGCAAGCUUAUGGCUGGAGUCUACCAGGAAAGCCAAGUGCUCCAGCUAGACAACCCGUGCCAGUUCCUGUAUACUGUAGGCCACUUCAGGAAACUGAACCUGGCAUGAAGAUAUGGUGCGGCGCUGGUGUGAAUCUCAGCGGUGGAAAGACCCGGGACGGCGGCAGUAUGGUCGGUGGUAGUGUAUUUUAUGCUGCUGAAGCUCAAGAGAGCAGUAACGCGAAAACGGAUACUGAGGAUGCUGUGGAGCAUCUCGAUAAAGAACUCCAGGAGAGUGAGCAGCGUCGUCUAGAGGCUGAGCGUUUAGAGAUGCAACUGAGUUCUUUGGUCUGGAUCUGCACAUCGACGCAGAAAAUGUCAAAAGUUACAGUUAUAGAUGCUAACAAUCCUGCUGACAUUCUCGAAGCCUUUAAUGUAUGUCAGAGUCAUCUACUGUGCAUCGCUAGUGUUCCUGGUGCCAAAGAAUGCGAUUACCUUCAGAUCGCGAAUGAUAAUACCUCUAUUGGUGGCACGACCAAUGAAACUAAUGAAGCUGAGAGCGACAAGAAUUAUGAGGAAACUGUACCUGUAGAAGGUGUCGCUGUUGACAGUGACACUGUUGACGUUACCAAGAAUGCCGAAUCUCGUCCUACCGUAGAGACUAAAUCAGAGGAUAAGAACCCAGAACAACUAUCACCAGGAGAUCGUACGAGUGACAGUACUGAGAAGACUCAGGAUACUGAUCCCAACUUAACAAACACUGGUCCACAGAGUCUGGAGAGUGUUGACAGUGAAACUGCCAAUCUUGGCAAGGUGCAAUUUGUUACAAGCACUCCGGAGCCUUCAACGUUACGUGGUAACGGUGAAAAAGGCAGUACUGUUGACAGUGGUAUAAUGGUCGAUGAAGAUUGCACGCCCAUCGAGAAGAUGUCGUCCAUACAACCCACCAUGUGGUUAGGAGCCCAGAAUGGUGCUGUGUUCGUACAUUCAGCUGUGGCAAAAUGGUCCGUUUGUCUUCAUUCUGUAAGAUUAAAAGACGCUGCCCUGGCUAUUGUACACGUACAAGGUAGAGUCUUGAUCGCCCUGGCAGAUGGUACCAUUGCGAUUUUUCAACGAGGAUCGGAUGGCCAAUGGGAUUUAUCUCAACAUCACAUCAUAACUUUGGGGAGUCCUCAACAUUCGAUUAGGUGUAUGACUGCAGUAACAGGAAAGACUGUAUGGUGUGGAUACAGAAACAAGAUUCAUGUGAUAGACCCAAUAACGAUGACACUGGAGCGAACGGUAGAUGCGCAUCCGCGCCGAGAAUCCCAGGUCAGGCAAUUAGCUUGGCUCGGAGAAGGCGUCUGGGUCAGUAUCAGGCUAGACUCCACCUUGAGACUGUAUCACGCCCAUACCUAUCAGCAUCUUCAGGACGUGGAUAUUGAGCCUUACGUCAGCAAGAUGCUUGGUACAGGAAAGCUUGGGUUUUCCUUUGUCAGAAUUACAGCCUUACUCAUCUCAUCCAAUAGACUGUGGAUUGGUACCGGAAAUGGUGUCAUCAUUUCAGUACCUUUAUCCGAAAACGCCGGUGGCUCUAUGGCCGUGUCCAGAGUGCAAACCGGAAAUAGUAAGUGCGACGCACCGGGAGUCGGAGUUCGAGUGUUUGCUUCUGAACGUGGUGUCACUCCAGGCAGCUUUGUUCCUUACUGUAGCAUGGCUCAUGCACAACUGAGCUUCCACGGUCACAGAGACGCCGUGAAGAUGUUUGUCGCUGUACCAGGUCAAGGAGGUCAAAGCGCAGUUUCAGAUGGUUCUCAACCAGCAAUGCUGGUCCUAUCAGGAGGCGAGGGUUACAUUGAUUUCCGAAUUGGUGACGGAGACGAGGCCGAGGAUGGAAUGGAUCGUUCGAACGCUGCAGCUGCGGUAGCCGCUGCUGCAGCUGUGGCAGCUGCGUCAGGAACCGAAGAACAUGGCGAACAGUCUCAUCUUAUAGUUUGGCAAGUGCAGUGCCCAUUGCCAGCACCCAGCUCUACCUAGUUUCGUCCACGCGAAGAUGCAGAUCUUAGUUCAAUCUCGAUGCAGAAGCCUCGAGUAUUACUCAGCAUCGCAAGGAGUGUCAGUGACCUUCGACCUGGAUGAGCUCAGCCGGCCAGUGUCCUGAGAAGCAAAUCUACGCGUACUAACCUAGAGACUAUUUCAGUGUAAAAUUAUAAUAUGCAAUGAUCGCAGCUGCCGGAGAUCUUUUCACGUCGCAAGAUCACUUCAAGCGUUUUCAUGGAAGGCGACAAACUUAAAUUGAUCCUCUAACUGGUUUCAUGGUUAAUUUAGUGGUGCUAAUCGAGUGGUUUCUUGUCGCCCUUGCAAUCAAGUAACCUCGACCUUGACCACGAGAAUUCGGUGAGGACAUCUUACUGCUGCAGUUGGGUCACCAGGAACAACGUUCACCGAUACGCAUCCAUGAAAAUUUAUUGUCGACUGCUUGCUUAACGCGCAUGACUUUCGCUUGAUUAUACAAUCGUAUAGAGGCGCGGUAUAAAAUAUUAUAGCGAAGCAUUAUAAUCGUUUGGCGUACCUUUUGUUGUGCUAGUGAUCAUAAUGGGUAGAUCAUAAUGGCUAGACAUUUAAUUGAUUGGCGUUGAGCGCUGAGGCGCUUUAACCUAAUACAUAUUUCAAUUUGUGGCGAGCAUCUGUUUUUAACGAGAACACAAUCAAGAAGCAAUUGCAGGACGACGCAAUUUUCUGGCUAAAUUUGAUUUUAUUUGAUCGAGUUCAGACUACAAUUGUCACUAAAAUAUUAUCAGGAUUCACGUUUAACGAUGGAUAUUGGAUUAUCAGGAUUGCAUUUGAGGGCUGUAUUAAUUUCGAAUGGUCAUUGGAGGUCCUUAGAUUAUUGUUAUUACUGCUAUUAUUAUUAAUAUUAUUAUUGUAAUACGCUCACGUUCAUGGCUCACCCUACGUCGGUCGUAAUCCUGGUCGCAGAUUUGCGCAAUCCUAAUGGGUAUCAUCGACCUGCGCCUAGCAAUCCCUUCUGUUAUAGCUAAUUAAAAUCUGGGUAAUCGCAUAGGCUCGAUAUUUAAUGAUUAUUGAAGCCGCUGAUAUUUGUAAAUAGCGUGACAUUGUCAAUCAGCGACUAUAAUAUAAGAUAAUUUUGAUUUAAAGAUUUUGGGAUGCGUACGCAAGCGACAAUUAAAAAUUCAUUUUUCCCAAUUAUCUUUCCCUUUAUCUUCUCUUUUACCAAAGAUAAGGAUUCAUUAUAUAUUGUUUAUAUAACUCGUAGCUGAAUGGCUCCCGCAAAUUCUACGUAGGUACUUGUAUUUUUGACUCGCAACGGUCGCAGAUCACAUUCAUGAUCCAACGUCGAGAUCGAGCAUAGAAUAAUUGUACCUAGCUUGGGUGGAGCUGUAGUGGCAUUAAUAAAGACAAUUAUGGAGAUAAAA